UUUCGCUUCCGGCGGGCGACGACGGUGCCGCUUUCUAUAAAAACCUAAAUCUAGAGAAUGUAAACAAGUGAAAAUGCUGCAUUUGCCUAUUUCAGUAAAGAAAUGCAACGUAGAGACGCCGUUAGACGGUGACACAGAUUCUCAGCCAUACCAGCGAAGUGGACAUUGUUGUGCCACUGAUGGGAUAAAUUUGUAUGUAUUUGGAGGGUACCAUCCUGAAUAUGUAAUUACUGAUGAGAGGAAUCUACGCAGAAUUGCACAGCAUAAUAUAUUCAGAGACUUAUGGUGCUAUAACUUUGCUACAAAAACAUGGCAUGAAGUGAAGACAUCAGGCAGUUCCCCAUCCGAGACAGCGUCCAUGUCAAUGAUCCUAAGUGGAAGCACCUUAAUAUGUUUUGGUGGAACUCUCUAUCCCUGGGGGUCAAAGAGCAACAACAAGAUCUACACCCUUAACCUCGCUGAACGCAAAUGGAAAGUACUUCAAUGCUCCGGUACUAUCCCAGCUAAAUACGGGCAGGCCAUGUCUCUUCACGAUGGAGCUUUAUAUGUGUAUGGUGGAUGCAGGCGGAUCAGUGAGGAGGAACAUUUGUUUGAUUCUGAGCUUCAUCAUCUAGAUAUGAAGACUCAUGAAUGGUCUCUCAUUCUGGACAAAGACCAUAAGGAGAAUGUGACGUUAACCCAUUUAAGAGGCAUGUACAGACAUGGAUUGGCAUACUAUCAGGACAAAAUCUAUGUGAUUGGCAGCAGCUGGGAAGAGCUAACCAGCAUUCUAUAUUAUCACAAGGUACAUGUCUUUGAUAUUGCUGAAGGAAGGUGGUCAUGGGAAACAGCAAUACCCACAGAAGACAACCGGUACCCACAGAGGAGAGUGUAUCAUAGUUGUGCGCAGUGGAAUUCAGAUGUCUACAUAUGCGGUGGUCACGAUGCCCGCUACUUUGUCAUGGAUGACAUUUGGUGUCUUCAUCUCCCUGAUCUGAGGUGGACGCAGUUGAUUACCUCUCUACCCGUACCGUCCUUUUUCCACUCGGCAGCCAUAACUGAUACUAAAUGCAUGUAUCUCUUCGGUGGUGUCAAAAACUUUGCGGGCCGUGACCACAAUGUUGAUCGUAUCCGUACCAAGAUCAUCCAGAAGAUCUGGCUUGCGAUUCCAACUCUUACUGAACUCUGCUGGCAGAAUGUUCUGGAACUUUGUCCCAAGAUGGCUAAGCUGUCCAAGGAGGAACUUUUCAGUCUAGGAAUACCCAAAAUCUUCACUGACAGAUUAAAACCGAUAAGGUGACAAUGACUCAAACUUGCAUAUUUUCCUUCUGGAAAACGUUGAUAAACUAGAAAAUGAUAUGGUAUUUAACUCAUGUUGUCUAAACAAUAUUUUUACUAUAAAGCAGAUGACAUUAUGUUUAUUUUUUCCUCCGCCUCAAAGGGUGCCAGAGGCAUGAUGUUUUCUUGUCAUCUGUCCAUGCCUGCAAACAUAUUAAUACCAUAUUGCAAGAAUAUAGAUUUUGAUGAAACUUCAUACUGUGGGAUCAUGAGUUCAAAGUCAUUUUACAUCUCAUGAGUCAAUGACAGAUUUCCAUUAAACAUUACAUCGAUGUACCAAUAUAGAUGUUCUCAUUGUAUGCAUUCUGAUGAGAUCAUGACGAGGUCAGAGGUUCUUGGACACAGACCAAUUUGACAACUUCUCAACAUGAUAUCUAUAGAACCAAAGGACAGGUUUUCAGGAAACAUCAUAGCUGUAUUGUCAAUUGUGGGUUGACCACAGUUGAUUCUCAUCUCAGAGUCAUAGAAUCAAAGUUCAAGUUCACAUAGAUCACAGAGUAUAUAAAGAUGGGUGUUUGUGCAAUAACAGUUUCAUUGGGCAGAUUGACUUUAUAUAACAUGGAUAUAAAAUGAUCUUGGGCCCCAUAGCACAAAGUUCAAUGAUUGAUUGCACAUAAUGAUAAAUGCAAUCGAACAUGGUAAUGAAUUAUGUUAUCAAUUUUACUAAGCUCUGGAUUACAGGGGCCCAGCUGGGAUUUUGGGAUUAUAAGGGCGGAUGUCAAAGGUAAAAACCACAUUUUAUUUUGAUCUGGUAAGGUGGAGGCAUUAAGUUUGACUGCAUGUAGUAGAGAAUCAGUUUUGUUCUGAAAUAUUAUCCCGCAGUGCAAAGUGUAAUCGAGGUACUGUUUACAAAUAAAAAGAUAAAAGGGAUUGCCGUCAGCUGCGAAAGGUACCAUUUGCUAUAUUACUGUAAUAAUACCUAAAUGUAAAGUAUGAUCCUGUGUUUACUAUGCUAUCAGGCAGUCUUUUUGUGCUGUCUGUUUGGGUUCUCUCAUAAGGAAGAAGGGAUACCAGGGGCUGUUUAAUAAUUUUUUUGGUAAAUUUAUGCAUGAGUUUAUUAAUGACUCAACUGAGCCAUAAUAGUUAUCAGUCAUUUUGAAUGACAUUAACCAAAUAUGAAGUAAACUGAUCUCUCUACUAUUAUGAGUGCCUUGGAUAUGAUUUGCCACAUUCUGGAUAAUGAAUUUUCAGAUUUAUAUAUAUCAGAUUUUGGGAAAUCAUUCCCCACCCCCCAAAAAAUUUCAGUCUUUGAUAGAACUCAAGAUAAAAUAAAAACCCUUGGGGCUUACACCUUGGCACAUCAUAUUCCAGUCUUUAUAAGUCACCCAUAAUUAUACAAAGAGUUUUUGAAGCAACCCCAGCUUCAUUUAUUUUACAGUUUUUUAUUCUUAUAAUGAUGACAUAAACAAACCUACACAAACAGAACUUCCAUGGUGUCUCUAUAACAGGCAGCUUUAGAUUUGCAUUGUAACUUAUACUGAGACUAGUGUACAACUCAUUGCUCACGUCAAGUUUACAGAUUUGCAUAAGAUUUGUGAAGAUGCAAUUUUAGAUAGCAGUGCCCUAAACAAUACAACAAUCUAAUCUAAACAAUAUCAUUCUGUGCUUGUCAUAAAGUGAGCAUGGCAUCAGGAUAUUAUAGUACUAAAAGUAAUGACAAAAUUUAUGACUGCUAGACCCUGUCAUUAAUUUAAUUAUACUUUUACUUAUCAUGGGAUUAUGCAUGUUUAUGAAUUCACAUAAUUUUUGUGCGGGCAAUAGAGAAAAGACAAAAUUAAUGUUAAAUUUGACGACAAAAGUUAUGACAUCCACCAGAAUACCGAUUCUGGUAUAUCUCUGAGAAAAGACAAUGUUCAGAUUCAGAAUACGUCCCGAGUUUUCUUGCCCAUGUGCAAUUCAACACUGCAUGAUAUUAGAAAUUGCAUUGCAAGUUAACCCUAAUUCUCCCGGGGGGGGGGGGGGGGGGCCAUUAUGGCCCCCCCCCUCGACAAUUUUCGUGAUAUAUCUGCUGCGCAAAAUGUUUUGACCUCGCCGCUCACUGACUUUUUACUUUCAAAUCUCGCGCAAAUUUUGAGACCAAAUUUGUGACGCCCGGGUACGCGGUUACGACAUUACGCAACAUUAUGUAAGUGCAUGUCAGACCCAAAAUUGCUCAUAAACGUGAUUUCAUGUACAAAUCCAAUGCAAAUUGUGUAUUUGGCCAAAAUUCAUAAAUGUAUCAUUACUUCUACUUUUAAUGAUUAAACUUGAUUAAUUUUGCCUUGUUUAUGAUAAGAAUUAAGUCUGGAGCGAUUUCCAUCGAAAAAACACUAAAAAACAAAAAGUAAAAAAACAAAGAAAUACAUAAGAAAUUAAAAAAAACAAUAAAAUACAUAAGAAAUCGGUCUUGGUACCAGAAUUUUUUUCAUUCACAAUUGUUAGGAAUGCUAUAAAGAAUAUUUUCACCAACAAAUAGCAUUCUAGGAGCUUUAUUUAGUGAAUCAGAGCAAAAAGUAUGAUUUCAUGAAUAAAUUAGCAUAAUUAAUUCAUAUAAAAUAAAAGUAUAUGAAUUCAGUGAAAUUUACCAAUGCAACUGCGUAGAUUACGUCAUUCGCUACCAUCAUGCAAAUUUUCGUUGUGAUUGCGCAAUCCACGGCUGAGAUCUUAAGGGGGGCCAUAAUGGCCCCCCCCCCCCCCCCCC